AACGGUCGUAAAGCGUCACUUGUUAAUAGAACUUUGCCGGGUACGGAGUGUGCCUCUCUGAAGUCUGUGCCGCCGCGUUGGAUCGCUUUACAAGUGUGUGUGCGGUUGUACCCUUUGAGAGUGCAUUGUAAUCAUGCCCCGUGGUAGGCCCAGAGGAAGCUUAGGCGGCGGGAUGGCUAUUGACAAGCCACGUGGCCGCAUGACCGCCUACGCGUACUUCGUGCAGACUUGCCGUUCGGAACACAAGAAACUCCACCCGGAGGAGAACGUCCAGUUCCAGGAGUUCUCCCGCCAGUGCUCUGAGAGAUGGAAGACCAUGUCCGACGUCGAGAAGAAGAAGUUCCACGAACUGGCCGAGAAGGACAAGGAGCGCUUCGAGUCCGAAAUGAGCUCCUACCCGGGAGGCGGGGGAGGGCGGCGUGGACGCCGGGGGCGUAAGGCGCCCAAGGACCCCAACAAACCCAAACGUGCUCUGUCGGCCUUCUUCUUCUACGCCAACGACGAGCGUUCCAGGGUACGAGCCGCCAACCCGGACUUCUCCGUCGGGGAGGUGGCCAAGGAACUCGGCCGCCAGUGGAACGAGUUGACCGAGGGCGAGAAGCUGAAGUACGAGAAGCAGGCCGAGGAGGACCGUGCCCGCUACGACAGAGAAAUGCAGAUCUAUAAGUCAGGAGGUUCACCGGCGAAGAAGAUGAAGGCUAGCAAUGGACACCCCGUACCUGAAGAUAACGACCUCGACGACGAAGAAGUCCCCGAUGACGACGAUGACGAUGAUUUGGAUAAUGGCUCAGGCGACGAUUGAAUGACUCGAGAAAGAGAAAGUUUGUUGUAGUGUCGUAGAGAGAGCGAGGUCGUACCGUGCCCCCCGAUUGAGUGUGAGAGUGAAUGGACCAAAACGGAACUUUAUUAUUGUGAUGUACAAACUUAUUUUUAUAUUUGCAACCCUGUACAUUAUAGGAGAAAAAAGCUUAGUGAGUAAGGUAAUUUAAUAAUUAAUAUUUGCGACCAUUCCCCCAUGCAGAAGAGGGUGGUCAAAAUUUACUCAUGGAUUCAUUUUACAGAAAGUCCUUCUGCCUCUUGUCUCUUCAGGACAAAAUGUACUUAAAAAACCUCAAUUUCGCCUUUAGUUUUUAUAUUUUCUACCAAUAAACGAAAAAAAAACCCU